CUAUUCAUAUUGUGAAAAUCAUAUAUCUAUUCAUAAGAAAAUCAUUCUGUACUAUUCAUAUUUUGAAUAGUGUAUGAAAUAAUGUGGUGAAGAAAGUAAUUAGAUGAAAAUUGUCACUGAUAGAGGUAUUUGUUGUGUCAAUAGAUAUGGAGAUACAGUAUAGGUGUAAUCAAACUGACCUCCACAUGUACCAUUCCCUGAGAGUAGGUCACUUACGACCUUGUAUUCUGCUGCUCUGUGCCACGCAUCAUAUGUUUGUUUACUGAGAAGGAAUAAAAACAACGAAGAAAAUGUGGGACAUAGUAACUAUCAAGGGCAUUGUCCUUGUGGUGAUGUUUAUCAUCACCUUUGUGUGUUCGAUGCUUCCCAUUAUGUUCGUCAAGCGCAUCAGGGAAACACACGAUUCCGGUCUUAGAUUCAAGUACCACAUGGUGCUGAGCAUGAUGUCGUGUUCGGCGGGCGGGGUUUUCAUGGGCACCUGCAUUUUGGACCUGUUUCCAGAUGUACAAGAGCAGUUGGACCUGCUGAUGGAUCAAAAUUCCUCGAUGAGCUCCUUCCCUAUUGCUGAAUUUAUUAUUGUGUUUGGUUUCCUUCUUGUCUUGACAAUGGAGCAAAUAGUAUUGGACUACAAGGAAUCAAAGUUACUCAGCAGAGCCCCAGAAGCUCAAUCCCUUCUGAGUGAACCGAACGAGAGAAGACGCAACUUACAGCAGCAACACAGCAUCAGCGGGAUCUCGGAUCAGCCUGACCUCAGUGCAUCAAUGCGGAGUGAAACUGGUUCAUUGGGUGCAUCACAUGGUUAUGGAACAGCAGCUGAUCAUUGUGAGCCAGGAGAUGGUCACACACACAACCACCUGUUUGAGCACUCUAUCCACCAUGACAUUGCAUCUCAUUCCUCCCUGCGUUCUCUGCUACUUUUAUUUGCUUUAUCAUUGCAUUCUAUUUUUGAAGGACUGGCCAUUGGCUUGCAAGACACUAUUGAUGAUGUAGUGGGAUUGUUCCUGGUUGUGAUCUUCCAUAAAGCCAUCAUUGCACUAUCACUUGGACUCAAUAUGGUGCAGUCCAAACUCUCUGUAUCUCAGAUGUUGAUGGCCAAUAUGUUUUUCUGUGUGACAUCGCCCCUGGGUGUGGGUAUUGGCAUGGGCAUCAUGGAAAUGCAGGCCUCCUUCACCACCGCUGCUAUAUCUGGCACUCUCCAGGGCAUUGCUUGUGGCACAUUCCUCUAUGUGACAUUCUUUGAGGUAUUACCGCACGAGAUGAAUAACGGCGAGAACAGGUUAAUGAAGUUGAUGUUCAUCAUCUUCGGGUUCUCGGCUGUGUGUGGUGUUCAGUAUCUUGACCCAGACAUACGGCGCCCACGCUGCUUUCAACCACCCCUACCCGUUGAACCACCUACACCCAUACCUCAGCUAUAAUAUUGCCCUUUGAGUGUUAACUCAUUUUAAUGUUACCUUCAUCUGUGUAAUAAUAUAGUAAAUGGAAAACUGUGCUAAAAGUAUCUUUUUCUUGGAAUAUUAAACAAUAUAUAUAUAGAAAUGUGUGCAAGGUGCUAUAAAAAAAAUUCUGGAGGGACUGAAUUAUUGUUCCCUCCCUCCCUUACAUUAGCCCCUGGAGUCCUUUAAUACCAUUGACCAAAGUCUGAGCCUGGCUUCUCUUGAAGAGGUGGAUGAAGCAGGGGAUAUAAGAUACCCCUCACUGAAGAAACAAAUCACCAAAAAGGAAGUGAAGCACAGCAGACUUUUGCAAGGCUUUAAGUAAAGCCAGCAAGUAAACAAAGCAGCAAAUGGUUGCAAACAAUCCAUGUAGUAGUGAGGUGAUGCCCUGCUUGUAACAGCUGAUCACUGCCAGCUGGCAGCACCACGGCAGCUGCCACCUUCCCUUGUCAACAGUCCUGUGCUUCACAUGAUGUCCCCCAAGCUUUCGACUGCCCCUUGAGUGCCCAGCCCUUCAGUUACCAGAUAUUCUAGAUAAGUGCUGGCCAUUCUUUGGACUUGUCAUGUAGGGGGCCCCAUUUGCUUGCACAGUUCAAUAUUUAGUGUUUGCUUCACAUGUAUUUGUCUUUUAAGCCUCAUUGUUUGAACCUUGAAGGGCAGCCCUUCCCGAGGCACUCGUUGAUGUUGCCCCUUCCCUGAUGGUAGCUUCCCUGGCGAGUUUGAGUGUUCGUCACAUAGAGGCUGGCCUCCUGUGCAGGGUGCCUUGUCCUGAUUAGUGUACAGGCCUUGUAUUAAUCAGGGUUAUUGACCUGACUGCAAAGAAUGACCUCUCUCAAUUCUGGGGUUAUUGAUUAGGGGUGCACAAGGGCUCAUGUGGUCAAGUGAAUGGAGUGGUUGUACAUCCUGCAUGCCGCUGAUACCCUUUGCAGCUGAGUUUUUUACCUUUGUGCUGCGUUCGGUGUCAUUUCAUUCUGUGAACGUCCCUAGUGCCUGGAUGUUAUGCUUGUUAUCUUUUCUGGCCUGGCAGGCUUCACAGGUCUUUGGUGUGGUUCAUCAUUGAUCAGUUCACCAAGCCUGCACACACGUCUUGUGAGUUUGAGGGCACCAUCAGUUUUGCUGCAAUCCAAUGGUUAUUUGUACUAUCUCCUACGACCUGUUGGGUGGAUAUUACCCUCUACCCCGAGGUCUGCGAUGUUUGAGUUCACUUGGCCUGGCGAAGCAAACCCAAACUCUUGAGUCUUGAGAGGUGAGCUCCAUCAUUCAGAUUUUCCUGGGCUAUGCCUCAUUUUGUGCCUCUGGAGUCGUGCUUGUGUUCUCCGGUCGUGCCCCAGGAUAUGGGUAUUUGGCAGCUCCAUGUGCAGCUGCCUUUGCUUUUUACAGCCUUGGCCAUUGAGGAUUCCACGGCUCGUAUUAAAUUGGCAUUUGUUUUGUGUGUGGGCUGUGGUUAAGCUGUUCUUCGACCAGCUUUGGGGUGACCUGGAUGUUUUGGUGUCGGUGCCAGGUAUAGCAGCCUUGAUACUUGUGGUUCCAGCUUUUGAGGCUUGUCGUAGGUUUCUCACCUCCACUCCUUUGGUGGGAAGUUAUGGACUUCUUCUGGCUCAUCUCACAUGCCAGUAUUCCAUGCUUGUUCAGGCUUUAUUAUCUAGUUUGGACCUUGUUUAUAGUUAGUCAAAGUAGUCUUCCAUUGGUGGUUGGAUUCUUGGGCUUUAGUAUUUUCUCCAGUUUUCAUCUUUUCUGGUUGGUGUCAUUCUCGUGCAUUGUAGAAGGGUGCUUCUGCAUUUUCCCAGUUCCUGGACCUACACUGCAUAGGCCCUCCAGGUUGUCUUCUGGGGCCUCCAGUGCAGUUGGCUUCAAACCCUGCUCUUGAGAUGGGGAUUUGGUGAGGAGUCUACCCUGCAGCUCUUUUCAGGCAUUGACUCUAUUGGACUCUGGGGUGGUUGAGUUAACUAUCUCUCUUCGCUAGGUGUCCCAGUUGUUCCCCAUCCCCAAGCGGGCCUCAGUAGUCUUACAAUACAUUCUCAUCUUCUUGGGAUUGAACUACUUCAUUCCUUGUCCAACCUUUCACAUGACCACUUUACCUCAGGUCCAUCUGGUUUUGCAUGCUAAUUCCUGAAAGGUACCCUUGGAUCUCUGGAAUGGGUACUUGCACAUUCUGAUUCGCCUGAGGUUCAGGGACUGGUUAGGGUUUGUGGGAUGUCUGGCUUAUAGUUUUCGGGUUCUCCCUUUUGGCUUAACUCUAGUUCUCGAGAUCUUUACCAGGUUAGCAUGGGUGGCUGUGACCUGGUUAUGUCUUUUGAGGGGUUUGUGUCUUGACCAUCCUUGCCAACUGGUUGGUUUGGGCAAGGUACAUGUGCCCGUAAGCCAGGAAUCUGGUCCUUUCUCAGCUUGCCAUGUUCGGGUUCCUGGUGAACUUGCAAAUGUCUUAGUUGGUUCCGUCUUGGAAUCGGACUUGGUUGGAUCUAGUCUGGGAUUCCCGGUUGGCUUCCCUAUCCCUGUUGUGUGUGGCUCUAUAGUUCUGUGUCUAACUGGUGUUGGGGUGGCCUUGGAUGGCUUUCCAGUUUUAUGGCAAUUGUGGGGGAGUUUUGAAUUUGCCUGCCUGGUAUUUCUCAUGAGCAAUGUUUGGCUCCUGGCAUUGUUCUGAUUCCUCUGUUCUGCUCUUUUUGUCACCACCGGGAUCAUUUGGUAUGAGCUCCAUUAAAUCCUGUUGGCUUUUGGCUCGUUGCUCGUUCGGUUCUGUGGUGCCUUUCUCAUCCGUCGCUUGAUGCAUGUAUGAAUGCAUCGGCCCUAGGUUGGGACUUUGUGACCGGUGAUCACCAGGAUCACUGGGUGGGUUCCCUCGUUUGGACACUAAGUGCACUUCACGAAUUUACUUUGUCUAUGGAGUUUGUCUGGUCUAUCUUAAUCUCUAUUUUGCAAGUGGUUACCUGUCAGUGACUAUGGAGGUGUGAGACUGAGUUCUUUAUGCCAUGUCAUUCAGCCUUUUAUACCUCAUGCACUAAUUACCUCUCUCAACAUUAACAUUUUUAUCAUAUUUUGUCUUAAAGUUGUGGAUUCAGUUGGCAUCAACAUCUUCCUCAAUGCAUUCCACUUGCUGACCACCCGUAAAGGGAACGAAAACUUUCUUACAUCUUUUCGACUCAAUUGUGUUUCCAGCUUCUACUGUUGACCCCAUGUCCUACCUCUUUUUUUUUUUAAUGUAACUAGGUUUCCUCUGUCCACUGUCUAUUUCUCUAAAGAUCUUUCAUGUAGUUAUCAUAACCUCUCUGUUUCUUCUCUACUUUAAGGUUGUGAGGAAGAGUUUUCUCAAUCUGUCCUCAUAGCUGAAGCCUCGCAAUUCUGUAACUAAUCCAAUUGCAAACCUCUAAACUUUCUCAGGUUUCUUUUUAUGCCUCACAAGAUGUGGGCUCCGUGCUGGUGGUGCAUACUCAAAUAAUGGUCUCAUGUAGGUAGGGUGUAUGGACUAGUUAUGGUUGGUUAGCUGCAGGGAGCCACUUAUGACAACUGUAGAAACCAGUCUUGAAUAUUAUGAAAUGCCUCUUUCAGGGGAAGGUCUUGGUAGCUCGCUGGACCCUCCCCUCCCUGUGAGGUGAGUCAGCUCCUCUCUGGCUCCAGACUGUGGAUUAUUGACAUUGGGGACUGGCCACCUGGUGGUGAUCGGCUGUUACUAGAGGAGAGUAUGACCUAUGUUGAUUGUUAGAAGAGUGGAUUGUUUGCUGAGCCAUUUGCUAAUGUUUACUGUCUGUGAACCUUGCAAUUUUCUGUUUUGCUUCACUUCCUUUCUAGGGAUUUGUUUCUUCAGUUUCUUCUUAGUUCUCCAGAGGCCAGGUUUUGGUCUGGCAUCCAGUAGACCUUUAAAAAGACUCCUGGGGUUGAUGUGUCUACAUGUGGAGCAAUCUCAGUGUGGGUAACUACAGGGAGCCACCGAGGCUCCCCCAUGAGUCAUUUCUUCAUAUUCAGUACAGUUUUUUCUUUAUUUGGGCCAGUCUUUAGUUGUAGGGCUUAGAUACUUUAGCCAUGAAAGCCACAAAAGUGUUGGUUGUCUUAAGACUUUUUAUCUAAAUAUCUGUAUCAUUAUGAAAUUCAUAAUAUUUUUAUUUAUUGUAUAUUGUGUUUAGUGUUAUAUUUUUUUAAUAGAUAUCUCAUUUACGACCAUUGUCUCUGGUGGCCCAUAUAUAUGGGCCCCUGCAUGGGUGGGUUAUCCCUUUAAAGGGUAAAAUGUCUUGGAAGACAUUGCUUUCACAUUGUUAGUGUUUGAUCUAUACUUGACCUGUUGGACCAAGCUCUCUCAAGUCAAGCCAGGCCUCAGGCUAGGCUUGGGGGAGCAGAAGAACUCCCAGAACCCCAUCCAGGUACAAUCCAGGUACAGGUACAUGAGCAUAAUGCUUCUUUACAUCAGUAUUAUAGUUUUUAUACAUUUCAGAGUCCAAUUCCAGGACUUGUUCCUUACCAUUGAACAUUUCAGUGGCUUGGUAAAGUUAUUCAUAUUUACUUAAUAUGUGUUCACUUAUUCUCAGUAUGUGAGAAUUGCCAAAGAUACACAAGAUUUUUCCUCUAUAAUAAACUUUUUAUUAUUUUGGAUGUGGAUGAUUAUAUCUCUGUGGUCUCGUAUAUGAACUGCCAUUUUCCAAUUUGGUUUUGUGAUUCAUAGAGAAUACUGUACUUUGUCUUGGCACUACAUAUAUGAUAUAUUCAUUCUUCCUUCCUGAAUAAGGACCACUUGUAUGUUCACCCAUAUGAUGAGAUGCUGUGUGACGUGACACAUGUGGGUAAAAUUGGGGGAUGUAUGAAACCAUAAUACAGUAUGUCAGCGGUCAUACAUACUGUAUGUGUUUGUAUUAUAUAAUGAUUUGUCAGAUAUUGCCAAUCUUAUUGUGCUGACAGUUUACGUAUGUUGAUUGUUAGAACACAGACUAAUGUGCGUUUACAUUAGUAUGGUUUUGAAGUUUCAUGUUCAUUAUGUGUCUCU